GUGAAAUUCACGUUCCUUUGACACACUGAUUCAAUGCAAUUACUAUACGCUACACAAGCUCUCCGUGUAUGGUAUUUGAUGGAUUGACUUUGUCCACUUUUUUUCUAGACGCCGUGUAGUUCUAAGAGCUAAAAGGAAAGUUCGACCAAUCGAGCACGAAGAUGAAACUGAACGAGCAAGUUGCAAUUCUGACUUCGCGCAUUUGCCUCGUCCCGUACAGCGCUCAUCAUGUGCCCACGUAUCAUGAGUGGAUGCAAGAUACUUCAUUGCAGCAGGCUACUGCCUCUGAGCCGCUUACCUUAGCUCAGGAAUACUCUAUGCAGAAAUCCUGGCGUGAGGACGCUGAUAAGCUUACCUUUAUCGCCUGCUUGCCACCGGACGGCUUGCUCCGGAAUGAUGACGGACGCCUUGAAUUAGCUGGUGGGAAGGCGGACGUGGAUGGGGAUCAGAAGAUGGUGGGAGACGUAAAUUUGUUUAUAUUCGAGAGCGAGGAAGAUGGAGAAUGCGACUUGUGCGUUGGGGAGGUAGAAAUAAUGGUCGCAAGAAAAGACAUGCAUGGGCAAGGCAUUGGGACGACGAUCUUGCGUACGUUUUUGUGGUAUCUAUUCGUUCAUUUGGACGAGAUAAUAAGCGAGUAUUCCAAGUCCUCGAGAAGUACGAAAAGAGCGAUGAAAUACUUACGAGUUAAAAUCGAUGCUGGCAAUGACAAAAGUAUCAAGCUAUUUGAAAAGGCAGGGUUCAGAAAGAUGUCUGAAUCACCCAAUUUCUUCAACGAGCUUGAACUAAGGUACAAUGUACCUAGCAUAAGAGCUAGUCAGAAAAUUGCACAGAACCUAGGGAUAGAUGAGCCAAAAGUAGCAUUAUAUCAUUUGUCUAGCUCUUAAAACUAUGAUAGUUCUGCAU